CGCCCGCUCGGAAACGUCUAAUAUGGGUCGGCCCAAUACCCGUGCUCAGGCUAAGAAAGCAAACCAAAACUCGGGAAAGGGUAAGCCAGCGGCGAAAGGCCCCAGUAAGGGUAAGGCCAGUGCCAAAGCGUUAAGUAAAAACGCCCUCUCACAGGCAGUAGACAUUCCUAGCGUGUUUCAGGAACAGCAGUCCCAGCAAAGCUCUACAGAGGACAGUGAGGGUUCCGGCUUAGAGGAAGAGCAAAGGGAAUCUCAAGUUCCUCAGCCUGCGUCUGAAGGGAACGCGGCCACCAUGGAGAAGCAAGGCGGCAAGCGCAAAGCCAAGAAGAAGCACACGUCUUCCAAGAAGAGGAGAAGUAAGCAGUCCGAGACGGAGGACGAGUCAGGUACGUCAUCUUCCGAUUCGGAUAGCGAUGGCCCCAUGGAUAGCUACUGGGGUUUAGGUGAGGGGAAUCACGGGAUCCCUCUAUGGGCGCAUGAAAGGAGAGCCAAUUCACAUCGUAAAACUUUCAAUGGGGUGCUUGACUGGAAAGACGGGGCUCUGGUGGAGGAUGUAAAGGUUGCCACCAAUCAGUCCACCGAUUUUAUUUUGGGGAAUCAUCUAUCCCAGAAGAAGAGGAAUAAGAUCCUCAACGGCGAUUAUGUGGAUAUGUUCACCUUGCUCCCCCCCACUAAGCUAAUGGGAAAAGGUGAAAAGAGGCGAUCUUCUGGUAAAGGGAGGUACAGGACCCCUAGGGCGGAGCGCACCUUUGAGAAUUGGUUGGACGGGUACCAG